GCAAAUGUAUAACAAAAGCAAAAUCAAGUAAAGAGCAGCUGGUAUACGAUUUAUAGUUAAGUUAGCGCAUAAAGUUUAAAAAAAAUAAUAAAAAAGUUAAAGUGACUUUUUUUUAAUAAGUGUAAGUAGUUAUAUAUAGCAGCUGGUGUUAAAAUGUGUGGAGGUUUUACUUGUUCGAAGAAUGCGCUAAUUGCGCUGAAUAUUUUGUAUGUGAUGGUGGGAUUCCUGUUGAUUGGCGUUGGAGUCUAUGCGCGUGCAGCUUCCAUUGUCACAAAUCUACCAAUUGUAGGUGGUAUUUUAGCCUGUGGCGUGAUACUGAUAUUAAUAUCAAUUCUCGGACUGGUCGGUGCAGUGAAGCAUCAUCAAGUCAUGCUAUUUUUUUACAUGAUCAUUCUCUUCAUGCUCUUCCUCAUUCAAUUCUCCAUUGCCAGCUCUUGCUUGGCUGUCAAUUCGGAGCAGCAAAAAGAGUUCGCUGAGGAGGGUUGGAAUAAUGUACCAGAUUCGAUGCGCAUGCAAGUUCAGGAUACAUUUACUUGCUGUGGCUUUAAUUCGACCAACACGGGCACAUCAUGCGAAGCAGUCACCAAGAAAUGUUGUCCAGAUUAUGUGGACAAUUGCGCUUGCCCACCAUGUCUACCCGCUUUGGAGGAUAAGAUCAGUUAUGCAUUUAAAUUGUGCGGCGGUUUGGGUAUUUUCUUCAGUUUCACUGAGUUCAUUGGUGUAUGGCUAACAGUCCGUUAUCGCAAUCAGAAAGAUCCACGCGGUUUGCCGAGUGCAUUUCUAUAAAAUGCCUUGUGCUGCAAGCAAUUAAACAACUAAUAAUACAUAUUUAAACAAUAUAUAUAUCAUACUAAUACGUAUUCAUACAUAAAUCAUCCAUACUACAUUCCUUAACCUAUUUAAAAAACAAAAAAAAAAACAAGAAACCGUACCAACGUCAUAGGUUUUCAUGCAUUUAUAUAAUUAACAUACCUACAUACAAUCAUAGCUGUUUACGAAACUGAUUCAUAUACAUAUAUGUA